AUGUUACUGGGCCACGAUAAUGACGUCUCCAUGGCCCGAGAAGGAAAAACCGCACAAAGUUGUCUCCAGCUGCUGAAGGUAAAGGAGAGCGUAUUCGAUUCGGGGUUUGCCAUUUGGUAUGAUCUAUCUACCCACCGUAUAGUGGUUCUAUCCUACUUUAUUGAGAACUCCAAACACGCUGAGCGAUCGCGAGGGAAUAUUCGCACUCCACAUAUUCUAAUUCACCAAUAG